AAAUAAAGGACAUUUAUGUGGAACAAAAUAGGGACAGAUCGAUUUGUACUAUACCAAACUCGAACCGACAUUCGAUUCUCCUACGUAAAUUCAAUCGAAAUUCAUUCGCGAUACUCGUAAAAACGCGUCAUAUCAGAUUCUAACGAAAACCGGCGGGUUGACAUUUUGGAAUAAACCUUGCAAUACUUUCAACGAAUACUAUAUAAUCAUUCAAUGUAUUAUUCAUGUUUACUUCUAGUUAACGUAACGAAAGGAACAGCAAUCGAAUUUGGUAUCCAAAUAAUUAUUAAAGAAACUUCAACCGUACUAUGGGCAGAAAAAGAAAGAAAGAAAGAUAGAAAAAAAUUGUCAUAUAGGAAGAAAAGACAAGUAGAAAGAAGGAGUAUCAAUUUCUAUUUCGAGCUUGCGACUCUACGUGACGUCAGAUCUACCAAAAUAUCACACGGUUAGGGAGGUGCAGUUUGGUAGAGCUCCGGUGUGUGGUCCAGGUCUCGAUCUUUCCCAGACUCUCAAAAAUCUUCUAACUUGUCGGAGUUCAUCGGAGUGAAUUCCAACUUAUUUGUCGGCAAAGAAAGAAGAAAGAGAGAGAGAGAGAGAGAGAGGGGGGGCGAGAGAGAAAGAAUAGUAAAACAAUCUUAACAAAAGUGGAUUGUUCGUCAUUAACCUAACUUCAAACUCAUCAUCCCCACCCUAAUUUCUUCGUCCCCACUCCUUUUCUUAUUAUUUAAUUUGAUCAUUCUCCCGAAAUAAUCCAUUUUACUCGUAGUCAGUGGUGUAUCAUAUUUGUCCUAAAGAAAAAAGUGUUACCUAAAUAGAAAUAUUUUAUUUGGUUGCUGCGGUCCAUCGACCAAAGCAUUAUUUUCAAAUUGAUCAGAAGACAGUAUCGAAGGGCUUGACAAAAGGAAGUUGUUAAGAUGCCUGGUGCCGGUGGUCAGCCACCGCAACAAAGGACUACCUUUCGACCACCCUGGGUCAAGGAUGGUGGUCCUAACCCUCUACCCAUGCCCACUGCACCUUGGACUCUCAAUUCUAGAAGAGACUCCAAGACGAAGGCCGAUGAACCCCCAGCUUUCACCAAAGUUACAUUAAAGAGUGUCUCUAAACCAACGGAACCAGCACCGCAAUCGACCGAAACUGCUCAAGCACCACGCAAACAGAGUAAAAUCACAAUAAUACCGUCUCAACCAAAAAAUGAAAAAAGUACUACAGCAACAGGAAAAUCGACUACGACGACAAAUAGUACACCUCCAUCAUCGAAGCCACGAGAGAAUGGACGACAGGAGCCAAAUUCGAGGCCGCAACUCGAACGACAACUUCGUAUUGAGAGAUCUCGAUCCCGAGGUGACACUAUACCACUUUCCAAGAGCGAAAGUACCACUGGUGCACCAACGUUGUCGAAGAGUUCCUCGAGAGCAGCCAUUCCACCUCCACCCCCGCCAAGACCACCACCGCCACCACCAAGUCGAGUUAUCCUGAAAGAUUUACCACCGCUAACCGAGAGUCAGGAACAACAAUUAGAGAUGCUGAAAUCUAGACCUAGGAAACGUCCCGACUGGGCGAGCAUGAUGAAGGAAGUUGAAAGUGGUAGACGUCUUAAACACGUCACUUGCAACGACAGAAGUGCACCAUUAAUUGAAAGGGUUAACAAGGUCACGGCUGAUCCAGCAGGUAAGGCCCAUUUUGUAUUCGAGUCAGAAAAGUCGAACAUGCACAAUCAAUUGCUGAAGCAGAUUCAGCAGGGCGUUAAAUUGAAAAGCGUUAAGACCAACGACAGAUCUAAACCAAUAUUGGAGGGUCUUAGAAAAUUUAGAAGGCAAUUGACGAUAGAGGAACAAAUGCAAAAAGUUGAGGCGGAAGCAGAGCCGGAUGACGUAAUAGAUGACGAUGACAUCGACGCAGUUAGAGACGAUUUGCAAAGUACUAAACAAAUGCUUGCCAUUGAACUUAGAAACAAAGAGGCUCUUGAAAGAGAAAAUAAAAGAUUGCAGGCAAGAAUUUUAAAUCUCGAGGCUGAGGUGGAACGAACGAGAUCGCAAAGAAACGUUCAGGAAUACAAACAACAGGAUGAAAAGUUGACAGAGUCUUUGAGAGAGGAAGCUCAUAGAGCAAGAAAGGACGCAGAGAGAUUAGAAAAAGAAUAUGCUAGUACAGCAGAGGAAAGAGACAAGUAUAAAAAUGAAUUGGAAGAAAUAAAACGAAUGUAUGCCAAUUUGGAGAAGCGUAUGAAAGCGGGAGAGGGUUGUGUAGAUAACACGGAUGAUGAUGAUUAUGAUGAUGAUGAUGAUGAUUAUGAUGAUGAUGAUGAUGAUGAUGAUAACAAUACUGAACCGAUUGUGGAAUUAGCUGAGGAUAAGACAGAAGAGGCAUGGUACAAUUUUUCAGGAAUGGCAUUGGCUGGAUGUCCAAGUGCAAAGGAUGUUGCAAGAAUUGCAUCUCAAAAGAGUAUGGAGAGUAAGCAACAAGAUAUGAGCGAAACAGAAGAAGAGGAAGAAGAAAGUACAGAGGAAGAGGAGGAAGAAGAUCCAAAAGUAUCAGCUGAGAAGCGUCUACAGAGAGAGAUUAAAUUAUUAUCGUCCAAAGUGAAAACCUUUAUGGACAAAGCCGUUAAUGCAAGAAAAGAGAGACAUGCCUUGAAGGAACAAAUAAAGCAGCAACAGAAAUUAUUGAAAGAAGAGAAACGGAAGUUCAAGCAGUUACAAAAAGAGGUUGACAAAAUGGCCAAGUUAAUGGCUGAUACAGACGGAGACGAUGAAGAAGAAGACGAAGAAGAAGAUGAGGAAACUGAGUCUGAAGAAGAAUCUGAAUCCGAAGAGUCAGAAGAAGAAGAAGAAUCUGAAAUAGAUGAAGGAGGUCAUACUAUGGAACAAGAGAAAAAUAUUCUACAAAAACACGUGAAGAGACACGAAAAUCGAUUGGCUGCUUUAAAGAAAGGUAAUUAUCUCUUAAAAGCUCAAGUUGACAGACUCAAAGACGAUUUAGCCAAACAACGAGAAGAAAGUAUUACUUUACAAGAAGAUUUGGAUUCUGUCUUGGCGGAAUUAGGUUAAGUUACAAUAUAAGUUAAAUAAUCAAUAAGUACAAACGAUUGUAUACAUAUUACACAUAUAGGUAUUACAUAUUGAAAUAUAGUGAAUUUUAUGAAUGAUAAAAAAUAACACUCUCGUAAUAAUACGCAUACACCUACAUUUGAUAUUCAUUUGAUUUUGAUUAUAACAUUUGUAGAAUAUAUAAAUCUUGAUAGAAUUCUCUUUUUUUCAUU